AUGACCGCACGCGUUGAUCGUUUCCAAUUCGAUUCGUUCGAUAACAAAACAGAAGACUGGGAUUAUUAUAUCCAGCGCUUCGAAAUUGAACUACAAAUUCACGGCCUCGACAAAGAAACUUCUGAGGAUAAACGAAAACAACUUCUUCUUUCUCGGAUUGGACCUGCAGCCUUCAAGGUACUCGUAGAUUACUAUCGACCAGUUGUCGUUACUACGAAGUCGUACGAUGACUUAAAGAAGGUGCUUAACGAAUAUUAUGAGAAAAAAACGUACGUUCUCUCAGAAAGAGUUACUUUUGCGACUAGACACAGAAAAGCAGAAGAAACAAUCACACAAUUCAUCCUCGAGCUAAGAUCAUUAGCGGGAUACUGCGAAUUCGGAACCACCCUAGACGAACGUAUAAGAGACCAACUGGUAAUCGGCAUCAAUAACAGCACAUGGCAGCAAGAACUUAUUAAAGAACACCCAACAAACAGUGCUAAACUCUCCGAUGUUAUAGCCACAGCAAACAAGCUUGAACAAGCAGAACUACAGAGCCAACGUUUAACGAACAACCCCCAGAUGGGUACUGAACAACAAACCGUUAACAAAAUAAGGCCCAAAACUCAUCGGCCUACUCAACAACAAACUCCUAAAGUAAAAACAUGUAUGUUUUGCGGACGUGAUUUUCACACGAACAUGAAUGACUGCCCGGCAAAAGGAAAACGAUGUAAUGCCUGCGGCAAAGAAAACCACUUUUCAAGCGUCUGCAUAACCAGCGGUAGGCUCAAGUUAAAACAGAACAAUACCACUAGACAAAUAACAAGGCAAACAGACAGCGACGAUGACAAUUUUGAUGAACAGAGCAUACACACAUUUGCUGUGAAGAGACACAACAACCCAACUACAAAAAUUAUGAUACCAACUCAACUCAACGCAAAAAGGGUCGAAAUGCUAUAUGAUCCAGGAGCAGUGCAUUCCGUAAUUGGAAAAAACCUAUGGAAUUCUAUUGGACGUCCACCACUAAAGAAAUGCAAGAACCUUAUGGCUUACACGGAAGUAGAAAUCGAAACAUUAGGAACAUGCGAGAUAACAGUUAAUGCUUUUAACAUUCAGAAGGUAUUGACCGUUUACGUUACGCUACGAAACGACAUUCCACUUUUUGGGCUGGAUUGGUGCUUAAGUUUCAAACUACCUUUGCCCCCUGGAGCCAGGCUGUGCAAUAUAAAAACACCUGCAGCAAUAACCUCAACCCAGCACGACACAAAACAUAACAACGCAGUACAGAACAUCCUUCAAGAUUUCAAGUCACUCUUUGACGGUAAACUUGGAACUAUAAAAGGGCAUAGUGCUAAGAUUCACAUACCUAACGACGUGACGCCCAAAACAUUUCGACCUCGCCCGGUACCACUCGCCUUACGUGAACAAGUGAACAGCGAACUACAACGACUAGUCCAAGAAGAAGUUAUAGAACCAGUUGACACUAUGUCGACUCCAAUUGAAUGGGCCUCCCCAAUUGUCAUUGCAAUUAAGGCUAACGGAAGCAUCCGCAUUUGCGCCGACUUCAAAGAAAGUGUCACCUUUCUAGGACAUAAAAUAGACGCCAGCGGUCUACACCCGACGGAAGAAAGAAUCAAUGCAAUUAAGAACAUGCCUAUUCCGGCCAACACAACGGAACUCCGAGCACUACUAGGCUCGUUAACAUAUUAUGGCCGUUUCAUAGACAGCCUUCACAUGAGAUGCGCCCCAUUGUACAGACAUCUAAAAAAGAACCAAAGGUGGAACUGGACCGAAGAAGACACAAGAAUAACGAACGAACUCAAAAACAUCCUGACGUCAUCGGACACGCUCGUACACUACGACGAAAACAAACCGAUAUAUCUCAGCAGUGACGCAUCAGAGAAGGGACUUGGUGCUGUUCUAUUUCAUAAAAUCAACGAGACGAUGAGACCCGUGGCGUAUGCUUCGCGAACACUCUCCGACGUCGAACAACGAUACUCGACUAUCGACAGAGAAGCAUUAGGGAUCGUGUAUGCUGUCACGAAAUUCCACCAAUAUCUUUAUGGUAGAAAGUUCAUCCUGUUAACUGACCAUAAACCCCUGGAAAGGAUUUUCAGUCAAGAUCGAGAAACACCCAAAAUCGCUAGCAACCGGCUCCUUAGAUGGGCCAUGAUCUUAAACAGCUAUGAAUAUUCUAUCCAUUACCAGGCAGCACGAGAAAACACCCCCGCCGACGCACUAUCAAGACUACCGAUCGCAUGCAACGACACAACACUAGAAGAAAGAACCGGGCUACCGCAAUUCGCCCACUUACUACAUCUGAGACUCGAGAACAUUCCUUUAACAAAACACGAGCUACAAAAACAAACACUCAAAGACAAGACGCUCAACAUUAUCAAAAAUUAUAUCAUAACGCAUUGGCCAGAUAAGAAAGACCUUUCCAACGAGCUGCACACGUUUUAUGAAAAAAGGGACCAGAUAUCAUACGAAGACGGAAUCUUACUUUGGAACGGAAGACUCGUCAUACCAGAAACACUCCGACCACAGAUCCUGGAAAUGCUACACGACGGCCAUAACGGCAUCACAGCUAUGCAGUCACUGGCACGUCUUCACGUAUAUUGGCCAAACAUUGACAAAGACAUAUUAACUUUCUCAAAAAGGUGCAGUCUAUGUCAGCAGUCCAGAAGCAACACGAAUGAAGCUCCGGUGUUUCCGUGGGGAAUACCAGUCGAGCCUUGGCACAGGUUACAUGUAGACUACGCGGGGCCAUUCUUAGGUCACAUGUGGUUAAUAGUUAUAGACGCCUAUACGAAGUGGCUAGAGGUUGUGCCGAUGAACGUUACAACGACGAGGGCAACAGUGCAGAGAUUAAAGAACAUAUUUGCUACAUUUGGAACACCAAGAUAUAUCGUAAGUGAUAACGGGCCGCAAUUCACUUCAGAAGAUUUUAACCAUUUUUGCCAAGUUUCAGGCAUUACGCACAUUAAAACAACACCCUAUCACCCAAAAACGAACGGAUUGGCGGAGCGCGCAGUGCGCACGUUUAAGGAGCGAAUGCUAGCCAGUGACAGGAGCCUUGACCUCCAUGAACGCCUUAACAGCUUCCUUCGAGGAUACCGCAAUACCCCACGGCGCUCAACAGAUCGAUCGCCCUACGAAAUGAUGUUCGGAAGGUCAAUACGCACUACUUUCGACCUGUGGAAGCCUGACGUAAGAGAGAACAUGGAAAAGGCACGCCUCAAACAGAUACUGAGACCUACCAACAAAGUAGUUGUGCCUCCGGUAUAUAAACCUGGCGAUAAGGUUUGGAUAAACAAACCUAUCGGUAAGGGGUCUGACCCUGGAACAAUCAUUAAAUGCAACGGACCUUAUUCUUACGAAGUAGAACUCACGAACGGAGUACAUAAACGCAAACAUGUAGAUCAGCUUCGCCUAAGAUAUGAACAAGUACCAAAGACAGCCAUCGACAUAAACCAACAAACAUCUCGACAUGUGCCCGAAACUAGACAACCCGAAUCUGAACAAGUCCCAAGGAGAACGAUCAAGAUCAAAAACUUUACAUACUACAGACGUAACGUUAACACUCGAGAACAGAGUGGCGACCAUGGCGAACAACCGGCCCCAGUAGCGCCCAACCGAGAUCACCCAGACGGUCCCAUGCCCCCACCGGCACCUGUGGCCUCCACCAGCAGGGAUACAGGCGGAGGAGCGGCCGAGCCGCCUGCGCCACCCUCACCGCGCCGGUCGGGACGGAAGACGAAACCACCGUCACGUUUUGGCUUUUUCGGAUUAUAG